UGAGAGCAGAGCGUGAAUGCGAUUGGCUGUCUCUGCAGCAGCGCAGCGUCCGCGCACAAAACCCUGAGAGCGCGCGCCAGACGCACCACAAUCAACACACUCUCGACAUCCCCAGCAUCAAACAUACUCCAGCUUUCGGUCUCGCUCGUGUGAUGAUAUCUUGCGAGGAGAGUUAAGCGCCUGAACCUUAUCGAGCGCCAUGGAUCGCCUGCUGGUUCUGCUUCUGGGAUGGAGUUGCGUGUGUUGUGGAUAUUGUGCCAUGCUAAAAGAUCACUUCGCAAGACUAACGAAGGAUUUGGGACACACGGAGUAUGAGUCGGAGAAGUCCGUGCAGGAUACGGUCUCCGAGCACAUGCAGAUGCUCUACAGCAAAUACACCAGCGCGAGCUUCCCGCUCCGGGAUGGAAACACGGUGCGCAGCUUCAAAGCGCACCCGGGUACCAUCAAUAAUAAGCAGCUUCAAAUCUUCAAUCUAACAUCCCUAACUAACUCAGAGGAUGUCCUCUCAGCAACGCUGCACUACUAUAUCGGAGACCUCCAGAACAGCAGCCAAAGAUGCAAGUCCAAAACCUGUGCUCGUCAUGGCCUCAGGCGGCACAGUCACGUUCACCUGAACAUCUGGAGCUUCGCCUCUGUGAACGACAGUACCAGAACCCUGGGACACUUCAUCGUUAACGUCUCCACAACGUACAGAGAAUUUAUCUCUUGGCAGUGGAGGGACAUCACUCACAUAGUCAAUAAAGCAAAGCAUCACGAUGAGCUUCUCAUCGGCAUCUCAGUCGAUUCGCGAGGACAGCAGCCAUGGAAGAAUCUUCUGUCCGAUCAUACACCGUACAUUCUGGUUUAUGCCAACGACUCGGCCAUCUCCGAGCCUGAAAGUGUCGUGUCCACUCUCCAGAGGCACAAAGGGAGCUUAGUACCUGGACUUCAGAAAAUCAGACUGCACAACCACAAUAGUACUUUACCACACAGGACGAAGCGUUCCGCCAACAUCCUUCUACCACUGCAGAACAACGAGCUCCCAGGACCCGAAUACCCUUAUGAGAUCCAUACUUGGGACGAGCCUAGCGCGUAUGACCCUGUUGAGAACAAGGCAGGAAAGCGGUCUCGCAAGAAGCCUCGCAAGAACCCAAGAGACAAAAACCCACUUCUGCAGUUUGAUGAGCAGACCAUAAAGAAAGCUCGGAAGAAGCAGUGGAACGAGCCAAAGAACUGCGCACGCAGAUAUCUGAAGGUGGACUUCGCUGACAUUGGCUGGAGUGAAUGGAUUAUUUCUCCAAAGUCUUUCGAUGCCUAUUACUGCUCAGGUUCCUGUCAGUUCCCAAUGCCAAAGUCCCUGAAACCUUCUAACCACGCCACCAUCCAGAGCAUCGUCCGAGCAGUCGGGGUUGUCCCUGGCAUUCCAGAGCCCUGCUGCGUCCCUGAGAAGAUGUCCUCACUCAGUAUCCUCUUCUUCGACGACGACAGGAACGUGGUCCUGAAGGUCUACCCGAACAUGACAGUGGAUUCCUGCGCCUGCCGAUAAUGUCUCAUUUCAGAUCUUUUUCACACACCUGACUCUGCCUGAUCUCCCUGUUUAUUCCAUUCCCAUUUUGCACUGGACGAGAGACUACAUCCCUGUAGAUACCGCGAAGAUGAUUCUGUUCUAUUUCUAAGGACAAUUGUUAAUUGUUAAGCUUCGAGUUUGAAUGAACUGUCUGGAAGGAAAAACGCUUAUUUUGCAAAAUCGCCCACCCAGUUGAACACAGAGUCAUUCUAUGACAUGGCUGUUAUGAACUUUUGAAGAGACUUCCUUCCUUUCUUUUUAUGUUUCUGUUCUUUUUGGAUGUGUUGAUUUCCGUGUGUCGAGGAUGUAGGGACGAACAAUAAUAUGAAUUUGUACAGUGUUUGUUUUUUGUUUUUUCUCUUUCUCACUAUCAAGCUGUUACUAUUAUGUCACAUUUACAAUACUCAUAUUCAGUUUUUAUCUAUUGCUGCUAUAUAGAUAAGAUUUAUUUCAUUGCCGAAAUGUUGUUAUUUCUGAACUCUGAAGGUGCAUUCAUCAGUGACCUAGUACGCUACUCACGAGCACAGUUUGCUGUAGACUGUUUAACGAAGUACCUUAAAAACAGAAUUUAGCGUGAUGAAUGAAAUAUAUAAAUGCUAUAUUUUAAUUGAUAUAAUUUGUGCACAGAUCACAAUCAGUGGCCACAUUUAGCUUUGUUUGAAUCUGAUCUCAGCCUGAACUCCAGGGUACUUACUGACCAAGUGCCCUUGUUGACUUCAUUUUAUGUAAUUCCAUCUGAACAAUAAUGUUAUCAUGCUUGUUUUCUGUAAAUACCACUAAACAACUAUUUUGGCUCGGAAGAGAUUACAUUACCAAUUUAUCAAGCCACCGCAAAUUCCCCAAGUUUCAGGAAAAACGCUUACAAGCAAACCUCUGUCUGUCUUGCCAAGACACAUUUUUAGGGCAUUUUUUGGAAGGCCUUAUUUACACAUCGAGUAAUAAAAGGUCACUAAGUUUUCCUUGAAAAUGUGGAAACAACUUCAAUACGCCAAGUUACCGAUGAAGUAGUAUAUAAAUGAUAAAGCAUAUAAAAAUAUAUCCAGGCCUAUAUAUUUGUACAUAUUAUUUGCUUCUCAAAAGUGCCUUCAAAAAGUAUUUUACAUUUGCCUAAAAUGAUGUUUUAGUUCAUGUUUUGUCUAUAAAUGUGACAAAAAUAUUAGUUUGAUUGUUUUGUUCCUAUCUGUUUACUUUUUAUUUUUACACAGAAUUCAUCCUAGCUUUUUUCAAUGCAUGUUAAUAAAUGUGUAUUUUUUUUUCAGGUUUGACAUUUUCUACACAUGCAACCGAUACAGAUUUAACAUUUUAAAAAGGGAGCAAUUACCUUAAUAUAUAACAGAAAAAGCAACAAAAAAAGAGCACUCCUUCAAUAUUUGUAUAAUAUAUUUUUACAGAAAGUCUUCCUAUAUUAUAUUAUACUAUAUUAUAUUAUAUUAUACUACACUAUGUAAUCUAUUGUGUAAAUGAUUCAGUUGUAAGGUUGUGCUUGUAUAAUAAGCUUCAUAAGAAAUUAUAUUUGUACAUGGAAAUGAGCUUUAAAGGCAUUUAUUUAUUUUCUGUAUUUUACGUAUUUUGACAGUUUUUUUCUUUUUCGGCCAGGAAGAGGCUUUAGUGAGAUUGGAUUGGAGCCGUCACAUGAAUAAUUUAAAUGCGUUAAUAAUUACUUUCUGAAAGUUUAAUUCUGUUUAUUCUCCCCAUCUGUAAGAUCGCUUUCUUCUGUUGUUUUUGGACAGACUAUCAAUAAAGUUGUAUGUUUCACUGA